UUUUUUUAAUUUAUUUUAGGCAUCGAGAUCAUUAUAGGGACAGCGAUUCUAAAAAGAGAAGUUGAAGUAGAAGUAGGGGCAGGUAUGACCGUGACCAGUACCGUGGGAGAGACAAAGAUUACCGUCAUCAGAGUAGAAGCCGCAACCCUGAUUACCACAAAGGUCGUGGGAGAGGUAAAUAUGAUGAGGAGAGGCACAACCGAAGUCGGUCUCAUGGAAGUGCCUCCCCUGCUCGCCGAAGCCCCUCCCCCGCUCACCGUAGCCCUGUUCCUUGAAGGAGCCCCUCUCCACGUAGAACAACCACUUCUAGAGAUGCUUGUCCAGGUGAACGUAAUCACAAUGGCCGGUCUCCUGCUCCAAAGAGUAUCUCACCGCGGGGUAGACAUGCUGGUUCUCGCAACCUCUUGCCGCAUUCUGAUGCUGAUGAUUAAGAAGGAAGGGAGGAGGCCACGGUUGUAAUCUGGCUUUGGUUGAUGUUGCAUAUCAGGACAUUCCCAAAUGAAUGAUCCUUUCAUGUAUAUUCUGCUUACUAGAACUGAUUGGGCCGACUUAUUUAUAAGGUUUAACUCCUUUUGUUGUACUUAAUCCAUCCCAGAACUUCUUUUGAUAUUGCCUCUGCAUUCUGGCAUUACUGAUUGGUGUUGUGAUAUUAAGAUUUUUACUUUUGGUUUAUAAUUACGCUUCUGU